GAAGUGCUCAUGUUCAAUCGUGUACGAGGUAUCCGCUUGUUUACACAAGUGCAAAAGAGCCGAUCCCGUGCUUUGUGCAGAUCUGUAGUGAACUCUGCUUUUCAUACUCUUCCUUUAGUAGCAGCAACAAGUAGUAUUGUAUCAUCUAAUAGAGGCUACUAUUUGGAUGGUGUCUUAGACAAACGUGGUUUUGUCGCAUUUACCCCCGGUGUACGGCAUGCGAGUACUUCUACUGGCGAAGAAGCCUUAACCUCUACCACCGUGGAUGCACACUUGCAAGCAUCAGUAGACGCAUUAGAUCUUCAUGGAGCGAUGGAUAUAAUUGAACAAGCUCAUAGCCGUGGUCUUGUUCAACCACAUCACUACCGACAAGUUUUUCGUAUACUGGAAUCAGAUGUUGUACCUGAUUUCGCAAGCCUCUCACGUAUUGCUCGGUGGUUUACAUCCUCACAGCCAGUACAUCUGAACACGGCAACUCCAGAAGAAUUAAAUCUUUGGAAAAGCGCUAUCAAAGCUUGUUUUAAGCUUGGCAGAUCUCAUUUCAGUCGAGACUUAAGCGGUUUAUUACAAGCCUUUGCGUCUCGCGCAAAGCUCGACCAAGUUGUUGAUGCCGAUCUUUGGGGUAUCGUACUUCGGGGAUACGGUAUUCUGAAACAAGAAGACAUGAUCGAUGCCACCAUUGCCAAAAUUCCCGCUGAUGUAGAUUGCCAAGACUACAUACCAAUGGCAUAUGCGUCCGCUGGAGCUCAUGGCAAAGCAGAUGUAUAUUUAGACAGACUCAUCGAAUUGAGGAUCCCGAAACCCGAAGUCUUCAAAGUUUUGUCCAAAACUGCUGCAUAUGAAGGUGACGUACAGCGUGUCAAGAAAAUUGCCUCCAUGGGCACAGAACUACUGGAUGGAGUAAGCUUUGAUCAGGAUGUCAUCUUGGCGCACAAAACGAGAUUAUUUCAUCUUUUGAAAAAGCAAAACCCAAGCACAAGUUAUUCCGGCAGGAACAACAGUGGCAUACUCAGUGAGGAACUGAAGGAAUCCAGACGAGAGUGCGAAGAGCUGAUGUCAAACAUGCUUUCAGACCGAUACCCAUUAGACAUAUCCUCUGCCAAUAUCAUUCUUGAUUACCUGACCUUUGGUAAUCGCCUGGAUCACGCCAAGUUUCCCAUGGCCCAUGCCCGUGACAUCCUUGAAAAUGUUUUACCUACAAAGGGCAUUCAACCAAACUUUCAAUCCUAUUUCCUUGUUCUGAGAGGAUAUGCCAAGACUAGGGAGCUGGAUUCACCACGACACAAUGCCAGAUUAGACAAAUGCCUGGAGUUGUUUUAUAUGAUGGAAAACGCCGGUUUCCAUAGUCAUCAACAUGCAAAAUUCCAAUGUCUUUUCGAAGCAUGUUUGCCACACUCGGACCGAUAUAACUACGAUUUGUUCCAGUCAAAAAGUAGAUUGGCACCAACACUCCAAAGUAGCGUUGCUCGCCACAAUGCCCCGUAUGUGGACCCACGUAUAUUUGACAUUGAACGUAUAAUGCUAGACUCCAAUAUCCGCCAUGACCGGAUCACCAUCAAGACUGUCUUGACAUGCUUAGGAGUCAGUGGGCUCUAUGGGGCCAUGUGGAGAAGAUGGAAGGAACUACAACUUGCAGGAGUGCGACGUGAUGGUGGACUGUUUGAGAGGAUCUUUUCACUCGCGGCAUUGGAACCCGAGCAAGCCCAGUAUGCUCUUGCUGUUGUUCAUCAUCAGCUGGAAAGAGAAACUCCGAAAAUUGAGAUGACUAUGCCUCUAUACCGAUCCAUUAUCGAUUGUUGUAUAACGGCUCAAGACGCCGUCAGUGCCACUUCAGUAUUACACACUGCAGGUGUUGACAAUCUGCCAUCUCCUGAAAAGCUCUCUAGUCCUCAAGAGAAACAACUAAAGAAGCUUGGGCUUAAAGCACAAUUAGGUAUUAGAUCAUUGACUGGAUCAAUUGGCACCCACUUGAAGGACAUGAUGGACUUGCAAGUUUCACCCAAAAGCGACAUGUGGUUGAUGCUCAUGUCUCAUGCUGUAGAGACACAGUUUUCAUUGCAAGAUGCACAACGUGUAUUCAAUGGAUUCACAAUGUCAAGGUUUGAAAAGACAGGCAAAAUUCCCGUCCCUGCACAUGAGCAGUCGCCGAUCAUUCCAUUCCCUUCUUCGCCUUAUAACGAAACGGAUGUUCUAAUGAUCGAUAUGUUCGUUUCUGCUUUGCUCAAGUCACAAAACAUUCCGGUCAUCAGAGAUGUAUUGGAAACGUAUGGAGAACAAUCUUCAAAAUUAUGGCUCUCUCGCGAUUCUGUCAAACAAUUUGUCACUUUAGCUAAGGAGGAGAAGAGCGAUGACGAUGUCAAAUGGAUUGUUGAGAAAAUUCUUCCAAAAGUAUCUGGUCAAUCAUCAAAUUACAGACAUUGGAUGCGCAAACUUCAACGAUCUGUAGACAAUCUUUGAAAUGACAAUAGAUUUAUAGAUUUUUCAUGUAUAAUAAAGCUGUUUUAU